AUGCUCCCUUUCGUCUCCAGAGCCGGAGUCCUCACCGCACACGACCAGGUCAUUGAUGCGCUGUAUCACUAUCCUGUGGUAUCUCUUGGUGUCAUAGUAGGGCUCACUACCGUCUGUCUCGUUCGCUACAUCCGGAGUCCGUGGCGGAAACUACCUCCUGGGCCUCCUGGUUUGCCUCUGAUAGGAAACGCGCUGCAGAUCGCAGUGCAGCCGUGGUUCAAGUACAGCGAAUGGCGCGAAAUUUACGGAGAUGUCAUCUACCUGAACGCCGUCGGGAAGCCCAUCAUCGUUCUCAACAGCCGCAAGGCCGCCACCGACCUACUUGACCGGCGUUCAGUCAUAUACUCCGACAGACCGAAGCAGAUCGUCGCGUCGGAAAUGAUGGCAGCCGGUCUAUUUUUUCCCUUGAUCGCCUAUAACGACACAUGGCGCGCGAUGAGAAAGGCUUCGCACGAGGCCUUGGGAAAGGCCGCCUCUCGCGCGUUUCAAGAGUAUCAGACGAGAGAAGCGCUUGUCCUCGCCCGCGGCUUGAUACAGAGCUCAAAGAAUAUGGACAUGCAGAUGGGUCGUGCUGCUGCAAGUGUCAUGUUGUCUUGUCUGUAUGGCGAGUCUUCGAUCGCUAGCGAAGAUGACCCUCGCGCUCGUGGUAUCAUCGAGUUCGUCCGUCAGUUGGGUGUAGCUGCAUUACCUGGGAAAUACUGGGUCGAGUUGCUGCCUUGGAUGCGCUAUAUCCCGAAACGGGCAUGGCUCGCGGGUACUAUAUUUGCAGCUGGAAGCGAUACUACUGCUGCAACCAUGGGCUGGUGGAUGCUGGCCAUGAUUGCCCACCCAGAUAUUCAACAGCAAGCUCAGGAAGAGAUCGACGCCGUCGUUGGACGCAGCAGGCCCCCCGCAUUCAACGAUAUGCCCCAUCUUCC